GCUGGAAAAGGAAAUAGAAAAGAAUUUCGCGGGCACUUGACCCGGAAAGAAGAAACCCUAAGGCUUGCUCAAACAAAGCUCGGGAAAUGGCGGACGGAGCAGCUUCGCUGCUGAACCUCGCCGAGAUCGACGGCAGAGGGCGGGCCCUGGUGGCGGCUCGGCCGCUGCGCGGCGGCCAAAUCGUCCUCAGGGACUCUCCUAUUCUUCUCUACUCCGCUCUUCCCCUCACCAAACCACCACCUCCUUCUUCCUCUUCUUCUUCUUCUUCAGCUGCUUGUUACUGCGACCACUGCUUCAGAAUCUUGCCUCCGUCCUCCUCGCCGCCAGCCGCCCCGUGCCCUGCGUGCGGCCGCCACGUGUUCUGCGGCCCCGGCUGCCUCGCCGCCGCCGCCGCGACGUCGCACACCCCCUGGGUCUGCCAGGCGCUCUCCCGCCUGGUCGCUUCCCGCCUGCUCGACGGGCAGCCUGUCGAGCGCCACGUCCAGGCUCGGUUCCUGAUCGCCGCUUGCAAUCUGGCCACCGUCUCUCCCUCCAAUUUUCAGCUGCUGCUCUCUCUCCAGGGCCGCGAGGCGCACGCCGACGACACCGUCUCGGCCGCGCGGUUCCUGCAUUCGCUGCUCGCCUCGGUUUGUCCUCCCCCUCCUCCGGGUUCGCCUUUUCCUCUGGGGUUUUCUCUUGAAUUGAUCGUCGCCUUGCUGUCGAAGGACAAGCUCAAUGCUUUCGGUUUGAUGGAGCCGGUUUUGUCGCGGGGUGGGGGCGAGGUGGAUGGGGAGAGAUCGGUGAGAGCUUACGGUAUUUAUCCAAGAGCUUCUUUCUUCAACCACGAUUGCCUGCCAAAUGCUUGCAGAUUUGACUAUGUAGACUCUGCUUCUGAUGGCAAUGCUGAUAUAAUCGUGCGGAUGAUCCAUGAUGUCCCUCAAGGGAGGGAGAUCUGCCUGAGUUAUUUUCCUGUCAACUUGAAUUAUGCGAAUAGGCAGAGGAGGUUGAUGGAAGACUACGGGUUCGCCUGUGACUGCGACCGGUGCAAGGUCGAGGCCAAUUGGUCCGAUGAUGAGAAUGAGCACGAUGAUAUUGGCGAAGACGAUGAUGGUGACGGUGAAGGGAUGGAUGAGGAUGCCGAUGAACAAAUGAGCGGGUCGGAGGUGGGUAUUGCAGAGGAGAAAGAAACGGACUUCCCCCAUGCAUAUUUCUUCGUCAGGUAUAUGUGCAACAGGAAAAACUGCGGUGGGACAUUGGCUCCUCUGCCUCCGUCAUCGGAUGAUGCUCCUUCUGAUAUAAUGGAGUGUAAUGUAUGUGGUCAGCUCAGGAGGGAGGAUGAAGAGGCGGAAGCUGAUGGAGAAGAGGAUAUGGACGAGUGAGCUCCCCCCAUUUGCGAUGUUCUCUUUGGCAUUAGGAAAGGUGGUUGAAUCUGUUGAUAAACAAUUUGAUCUGAUAUAGGGGCUUGUGAUUUCCCAACCAAAUGAUGUUGGAAACUUGCCAUAUUUGCUUUGAUUCGAUUGUGCAGCGUGUGCGGUUUCUUUCCUUAAUAACGUGCUGCUAAUAACGGACUGAAGGCUGUUCGUGGUUCUUAAGGUACAGGUUUUUUCCGUGAGUCUCUUGGCAUCCUUGGGGGCUAUGUAGCCUCGUUGUGUUUUGACUUGUGAGCUGGUGAAUUUUUUUAACUCUUCGAUAACUAGUUUGACGGCCAAAGAUACAUCCGGUGUAUGAUGCUAGUGUCUCUAAUCCGAGCUCAACUUGCCUCAUGUCCCUAAUCUCACCCAUACAAGGAAUGGCAUUCUACUCGCGUGUCCCAUUUUUGCUUCCAUCAUCUCGAGUCUGUGUAGAGACUCAUUUUGGUCCGAGAUAUAUGUUUCUUGGUAUGUUUUUCAACAGCAACGAUGGGGCGAGACAGAAGGAGACCCUUUGUCCUCUCAUCUUUCGAAAAUGAUUCCGAAACAACUAGUCGGCAUGAGACGAUGAAGGGGUUGCCUUGCAUAUAAUGAGGAGUGUGCUAAUGGUAAUGGAAUGUCUAGAAUAAAUAUCAAAAUCCCUACAUUGUACAGACAACUCUGUGUGCAUUACCGAUGUUACGAUUAGACAAAACAGUCUAAGACCGUAAUCUAAGUUUAACAAUAGCCUUAACAUCCAUUGAACAGAGUGUGAGACUACAGAUGAGUCAUUAUGCAGUUUAUAGGUCCUCAUGCACCAAACAUGACAAACACAGGCAUUUCAAAUCAAUUUGAUGAUUAAAGUCUGCAAAAUUGAUAUUGCAUAACUCAAUGUAGAAACUUAAAAAGUAUGGGCAUCUCAUACCAUUAUGUCACACAUGGUUCUUAGUUAUAUUAGAAAAGUUAUUAUAAACUAGCAUUGUCAGUACAUCAACAUUUAUUUUUUCCCGUGGAUGCAUAUUUUUCUGAGGGUCCAAUGAAAAAUUUGUUUCACAUAUCUAUAAAUUAGAUGAAAAGAGGUUCUUUUCGGAUGUAUAGGAGAAAGAGUAGUGAGAGUGUACGAUUGAUGCAAGUGGGCUUUGAGUUUUUUCUUUUUAAUCUAUUCCCCAUUUGUUGUUUUGCAUUUUUAAUAUUUUUUUGGUCAAUUUUUUUAUUUUUUAUUUUUAAUAUAGAUAUCUAUUUCUGUCACAAUCUAUUUAUAUGGAGCAACUGCCUUGUUUUGAGGACCAAAAAACCUGUAUUAUGUUUGCAAACUUGAGAGAGCUUUGUGUGGAAUCAAGAAAGCAUCAAAAGCAUGGUUUGAUCAUUUUAGCUUGUUUCUUUUAGCAUUUGGUUUCUUUUGCAGCAUUGUAGAUCCUUCGUUGUUCAUUCAAAAAUCAGAUCAUGCCAUUCUAGCUCUACUUUUAUUCGUGGACCAUAUGAUUGUCAUUAGUAAUGAUCCAAACUUGCUUGAUGGAUUUAUUUCUUCAUUGAGUAGUGAAUUUACAAUAAAGGAUAUAGAGCCAUUAUAUUACUUUUUGGUUGUGGAGGUUAGAAUAUUAUUUGAUAGUCUUUAUUUGUGCCGACCACAAAUGCUUUGUCAAUUCUUGAAUGUGCUCAAAUGGAUGUUUGCAAGCCAAGAUCCACGCCUAUAGCCACUCGCACUCAUUGUCUCAAAUGCGAAAUUACUUUCGAAUGUUAUAUUUAAGUAUUGUCAGAACUCUUUAAUAUCUCACCAUCACACAUCUAGAUAUUUCAUGUGCGGUCAAUUUUAUGUCUCAAUUCACACAUUGGCCUACUAUGACUCAUUUUCAAAUUGUGAAGCACAUUUUGCGCUAUGUCAGUGGCACAAUAAAUCGAGAAAUGCAGAUCUUUCUAUAGAGUUGUAUGCCUUUUGUGAUGAAGGUUGGGCAAAUUGCUACUUGACUUGACGAUUGACUACGAUAUUUUGUACUUAUAGUAACUGAAUAUUAUGGAGUGCUAAGAAGCAAUGAACGAUUGCUCGAUUUAGUGCCAAUAUAGAGUAUCGUGCAAUUGGUUGACAGUAGCUUAGAUUGUUUGGAUAUCUUUCCUUUUAAGAGAUUUAUGUAUUCAUCUCUUAAGUC